AUGGAUUCAGACCUCAUCAAGCUAGUCAACAAGCUACAGGACACCUUCAGCAAUCUCGGCGGAGAGCUGGAUAUGCCCCAGCUGGUUGUCGUUGGUAGCCAGUCGGCGGGCAAAUCAAGUGUCUUGGAAACUAUUGUUGGCCGUGAUUUCCUGCCCCGAGGCUCAGGGAUCGUAACACGAAGACCCCUGGUCCUUCAGCUUAUCCACACACCGCUGCCCGCUGAGCCCUCGCCCGCUGCACCACCGGUGACGGAAUGGGGGCAGUUUCUGCAUGUAGACAAGCGGUUUACUGACUUCGAGGAGAUACGGAAUGAAAUCCAGCAAGAGACAUUCAGAGUGGCUGGCCAGAAUAAAGGAAUAAGUAAACUACCCAUAUCGCUGAGGAUAUACAGCCCGAAUGUCUUGGACUUGACGUUGGUGGACUUGCCUGGAUUGACAAAGAUUCCUGUGGGCGAUCAGCCGAGUGACAUCGAGCGGCAGAUUCGGUCGUUAGUAUCGGACUAUAUUUCGAAGCCUAACAGUGUCAUUCUCGCCGUUUCACCCGCCAAUGUCGAUCUCGCGAACUCUGAAUCACUUAAACUCGCUCGAGCGGUCGAUCCCCAAGGCCGUCGAACGAUUGGUGUCCUCACGAAAUUGGACUUGAUGGACGCCGGGACGAACGCUCUGGAUAUCCUGACCGGUCGAGUGUAUCCGCUGAAACUAGGGUUUAUUGGCGUGGUGAAUCGAAGUCAACAAGAUAUCAACCUUAGCAAGAGUAUGGGGGACGCUCGAGAGACCGAGGCCGAGUUCUUCAAGAAUCAUCCCGCGUACCGUAAUAUCGCACAUAAGAACGGGACGCAAUACCUUGCAAAGACGCUCAACCAGGUCCUGAUGAAUCACAUACGAGACAAGCUACCGGAUAUGAAAGCGCGGUUGAACACUCUUAUGGGCCAGGCACAGCAGGAACUUAACUCAUUCGGAGAUUCUGCUAUCUUUGGGGACAAAAACCAGCAAGGUGGCCUGAUCCUCCGUCUCAUGACCCAGUUUGCGAGAGACUACGUGUCAUCGAUCGAGGGCACAAACGUAGAUAUAUCUACGAAAGAACUCUCCGGUGGCGCAAGGAUAUAUUAUAUCUUCAAUGAUGUGUUCGGCCACGCCCUAGCCUCGAUUGAUUCGACACAGAAUCUGGAUAAUCAAGACAUCAGGACAGCAAUUCGAAAUUCAACCGGCCCAAGACCGAGUUUGUUUGUGCCCGAAGCAGCGUUUGAUCUCCUUGUCAAGCCACAAAUUAAACUCCUUGAAGCUCCUGCGCUGCGAUGUGUGGAAUUGGUCUACGAGGAGCUGGUUAAGAUAUGCCAUAACUGUACUAGUUCGGAACUACAACGGUUUCCACGAUUACAUGCGCAGCUGGUGGAAGUCGUUUCGGAGUUGUUGCGUGAACGGCUCGGACCAACAUCAGAAUAUGCCCAGAGUCUGAUAGAGAUUCAGGCUGCCUACAUCAACACGAAUCACCCCGCAUUCAUCUCGGGGUCCGCCUCAGCCGCACAACAAGCGCAGAACCCGCCCCGGCAACAGAUACUCCCCCGGCCUUCGUCUACUGAGCCUGUGAAUGGGACAAGAUCUGCGCCUGAGGAUGAAGACGAUACAUCUGAAGAUGGUGACGGUGUUUCGGGUGGGACUGCGCCUCCAUCCCGUGACGGACGAUCGGUCUCCUCAACUGUACACGACAGAGCCAGGACGACUGGGUCAACGACGCCUGCCCAAUCCAUAGUCAGCGCAACAACGGCGCUCAAUCGAUCAAAGCACAAUCACCACCACCAGUCAUCAUCACAUCAUCCCCCCCAUCGUGCUUAUUCCGCUCAUCCAGGAGGUACUGGAACGUCACCCCCUUCAGCCCGUGAAACAUUUUUGAAUUACUUCUUUGGGCAAAAUGGACCUGGCCCGCUGGCUGCGUCCAGCAGCCAUCAACCCCAUGGAGGGCCUAACGGACCUUCCCUUGGCGGAGGUGGAGGAGGUGGCGUCGUCCCGACAGGACGCGACGUCUCCGGCGCCGACCCGUCGAUGUCAACAGGUUUGAUGGCGGGAAAGAGGAGUAUGGAUGGAAAUAAUGCGGCGUAUGAUAUGAAGAGCUUAGGGAAGCAUAUCGAAGCUAUGUCUUCGGAAAGUGGCCACUUAACGCCAAGGGAAGAGAUGGAAGCUUCCCUCAUUCGCUCGCUCAUUGCUUCGUAUUUCGGCAUUGUACGACAAACGAUCCAGGAUCUGAUCCCCAAGGCAAUCAUGCAUUUCCUCGUCAAUUUCACCUCGCAGCAGGUACAGAAUCGGCUGGUCGCAUCGCUCUACAAACCCGAGCUUUUCUCUGAUCUGCUCAACGAAGACGAAGCAGUAGUAGCUGAGCGAGCUCGAGUGAAAGCACUACUCGAUGCGUACAAGGAAGCGUUCAAAAUCUUGACUGAUGUCAGCUUGAAGUCAUCAUAG